AUGGCGCUGACACCCUUCUACGACCCCUUUCUGGUCGAUGCCUUUAGCGUGGGCGUGGUCCUGUUCUCAGCUGCUGCGCGGAUCUACCCUUGGCUGUCGACAGUUCAGGGCCGAUGCAAGUGUUUUGAUUAUGUACUAGAUCACGGUCACCGAAAAUUUUGGAGGACCCGUAAGAUCAAGAAGACUCCGCCCACCAAGAACAUCGAUCAGUGCUUCUCACAGGAGUUGAAAGUGCUCGUCGAGGGUCUCCUGGCCCUGCAGCCUUUGGAGCGCUUUUCCAUUGACGAGGCUUCCAGUCACAGCUGGCUAGAUGGCGACGGUACCGUGACCCACACUCUCUUUGGCAGCUAA